AUGGCGACGGGAGCCGCCAAGGGAGCCGCGGCGACGGGGGCCACGGCGGGGCCGGCCGAGGGGGCCACGGCGACGGGGGGCCACGGCGGGGGCCGCGGCGGGGCCGGCCGAGGGGGCCACGGCGACGGGGGCCGCGGCGUCGGGGGCCGCAACGGGGGCCGCGGGGGCGGCCGAGGAGGCCGCUGCGUCGGGGGCCGCGGCAGGGGCCGCAGCGCCAGGGGCCGCCGGCACGGGGAGCGCGGGCAGAGCCGGACCCGGGGCGCGGCUGGGCGGUCCGCCAGAGUGGGAGGCAGGGACGAACCGCGCCACAGGAGACUCCGAAGGGGACGGUACCUGCUGAAACGGGAACACGAGCUCAUCAAAGUACACAUGCCGCGAAGUGAAAACGCGGUGGGAGACUGGAUCAUAGCACCGGUAACCUUUGGUGUUGGGAGGAUAGCCAAGGAAGAUGCAAGGAAGGGACCGGGGCGCGAGUUUGUGAGGAGCAGUGGAUGCAGUGCUAGGAUAACAGAGACACCCGAAAAUGCGAAGACCAUCAUAAGAUGGAACCGCACCAAAGAGGAGCUGGUGAGGGGUGUAGUUCCAGCGGGAACGACAAGGGCGAAUGUUAAUGAGGAGGCUGGCGGUCGCGAGCGCGUCCGGCCAGAACCGAGGAGGCACGUAGGAGUGGAAGAGCAACGUGCGGACACAGUCAUUAAGCGUGCGAAGGACGCGCUCGGCGCGACCAUUCUGCUGAGACGUGUAGGGGCAGGUGAGGCGAAAGAUGGUGCCGUGGGACGCAAGUAA